GACUGUUUGGUUGUUACACAUAGUUUGGCUUUCUUUAAGUACUCUCUUCUUUUACAUGGUUAUAGUCAUUGUAUCUAUUAAUUUCUUUAUUUUGCCCUGCAUCCAUCAGUUCCUCCAGGUCUUCUCAUGCCUCUCUGAAUCCUUCGUGGUUGUCACUUCUAACUGCACAAUAACAUUCACAAUCCACAGGUGUUGUUUGUAGCCAUUCCCCACACCGUUGAGUCCAGUUGUGGUGAUCGCCAGGAGAGGCCCCCUCCUCCUACAGGGCUGGGGAUUGCUGCUCCCGAACUCCGUGGGGACUGGCCUGGCACAGCAUCACCAACUGGUCACCAGGAGUCCAGACUGGCAGUGUGGCACUGAGGAUACAGAGACCAACACUGAAUCCAUCUGUACUCUCCAGGAGCACCCCAUUUGGAAUCGGGAACCUCCAGUGACUGAAGACCUUGCUUCGGGGUUCCUGCUCUCCAGAGCCAACCCAAGCGCAUCCAUGCAGCCACCCACCGCUAGGAGGAAAUUGCAGAGGCAGCCGUGGUGAAACAUAAAGUUUAUUCGGCUAAAAGUGACGCAAAAAUUCUUAAACAGCUCUUUGGCAGCCGAUUAUCUGGAAAUCAGACCAUGUGAGGGGGACUGGAGUACAAAAACCUCCCCCACCGCAUGGGCUGCUCGCACGCUCAAAGUCAGGCACCAGAGUGACUUCAGGGGCAGUGGCAUUCAGACUUGAACAACUCUCGGGGGAGAAGGCGCUCAGAAUCAUCUGGCACACAGGAAAUGAUCUAAGAAAUCUAACGCUGGAGUUAGUGUGGAAUGUGAAAAAAAGAAGAGCUGAGCAGGGGAAGAGAUCCAUGCCUAGCCUGUCUCUGGAGGGAUGCAGUUGUAGAAGCUUGGGCCCUGUGUCCCAUUAUCAGCUUUCGGACAGAGCCCUUCAGGUCAGAAGGUUCAUAGCCAUCCUCUCAAGAGUUUUGGCUGUGGGGAGUGACCUGCCUGCUCAGGACUGUGGGCACAGGAAACCCAUAGCUAGUGAGAUGCAAGAUAUUUUGUGUUCUUCUCAGGGAAUCAGGGUGAACGAUGAUUUUGACAUGGCUCCAUCAAUGAAUAAAAGUACCUUCCUCCCACUAACUGGGUAUAGGCAGUCCAAUUAGGAAACCUCAGGGAUGUUGCCUGCCAACAGAGUAAUCCAAAUCCAUUUUUCAUUGCUAGUUACUCCUGCAAGACUCUGAAUGUGCUGUGGGAAGCAGGGGAGGAAUAACACUGUAGGCAGUUUUUUGGGUAUCAGUAAGUUCAAGGACAAAUAUUCAGUCUGGCCGGCCCCCUGAGCAAGGGAGGGCAGAUGGAUUUUCCCAAAAUCUUCAGGAAAGAGCUAUUCAUGGUUAGGCACCUGUUGAAUUCCUUUCAGUAAAUAUAUUGGAAGCACACACUUUUAUUGGAGAACGUCUCUCAUAACUGAGUUAGUGCUGGGGAUAUUGAGUCAAAAAACAAAACAGUUUUUGCCUUUGGGGCCUUUACUUUCCCUUGUAAGGAUACAUCAUGUACACAGAUAAAUACAUGCAAAAUAUUUAUAAAACAAUGCAAAAUGAUCUCGAGAGGGAGAGUGGCACCUGGGUAGAUUGGGGAAGGUUUCCUGAAGGAGGAACCUUAAAGGAAGCUAGGGGUUUCUGAGAUGUAGUGCUGCCUAAUCCUUAGAAUCAAAUGUUCUAGGUUCAAAUUCUGCUUCAGAUACUUACUUACUGCCUGAUCCUGUGUGUGUGUGUGGGGGGGGGGGGAUCACCUUACUUCUCUGGGACCCAGUUGUAAAACUGAUUAUAAGUGCCUUCUAGCUCUAAGUAUAUGGACUGAUGAAGAUGGUGAGGUGGGGUGAGGAAGGAAUAGACUCCAAGCAUGGCAUUAGAGCCUACUUGUGCAAAGUCGUAGAGGUGGAAGAUGGGAUGUUGUAUACAUGGAUGUUUCAUUGUACUUCUUUGGGGGUGGGGCACUGGAAACUCUUCCCUACAGCAACCUGACCAAAAUAUCCUGAAUGUGCCAGCAAGUCAGUCCAGGAGGUACCCAGAAUCACAGCUCGAAGGACGGGCACAAAGAAACUUCCCAUGAGCCCCGGAUAUCUACAGCAGGAAUGAUGGGUGCUCUGAAGCAGUUUAUGACCACCUCUGUAGUCCCUUUCUCAGAUGCUGCACUGUCUCCCUAACGUGCAAGUCAAUCCCUGUACUAUUUCUGCAGAACAUUCUUAAGCCACAGUCACUCUACUCCAAAUCUGGAGCCAGGAGUACCAGCUCUGCCACGUAAAGACCUGCAGCCUAGUCACUGUAAAGUUGUGAGGACAUCCAAGAGCUGGAGAAGGAGAGUUCUUAUUCCAAUUGACCGCAAAUGGACAUGAGCACCAUCUGCUAAACACCAGGAUGGAGACCACCCCUCUGAAUUCUAAGAAUGGGCAGUCAGCCUGCAAGGAUGGAGAAGACUGCCAGGAAAAUGGCAUUCUGCAGAAAGGACUCGCUGGCCCAGGGAACAAGGCAGAAGCAGGACAAAUCUCAAAUGGGUACUCAGCUGUGCAGAGUCCAGGUAUGGAAGGGGACACCCGCAACUCCAUCCCAGCAGACAACACCACCCUAGGCACCGAAGGUCACCAAGGGGAGCGAGAGACCUGGACCAAAAAGAUGGACUUCCUCCUCUCGGUCAUUGGCUAUGCUGUGGACCUUGGCAAUGUGUGGCGCUUCCCAUAUAUAUGCUACCAAAAUGGAGGAGGGGCCUUCCUUAUACCCUACACCAUCAUGGCCAUUUUUGGUGGGAUUCCUCUGUUCUAUAUGGAGCUAGCUCUGGGCCAGUAUCAUCGAAAUGGCUGCAUUUCAAUAUGGAAGAAAAUUUGCCCCAUUUUCAAAGGGAUUGGCUUUGCCAUUUGCAUCAUUGCCUUUUACAUCGCCUCCUACUAUAACACCAUCAUGGCCUGGGCUCUCUACUACCUCAUCUCUUCCUUCACGGGUCAACUGCCCUGGACCAGCUGCAAGAACUCCUGGAACACCGACAAUUGUACCAACUACUUCUCAGAAGACAACAUCACCUGGACUUCCCACUCCAUAUCACCUGCUGAAGAAUUUUAUACGCGCCAUGUUUUACAGGUCCACCAGUCUCGAGGACUAGAUGAUGUGGGAGGCAUUAGCUGGCAGCUGGCCCUCUGCACAAUGUCGAUCUUCACUAUUGUCUACUUCAGCAUCUGGAAAGGGGUCAGAUCAUCUGGCAAGGUGGUGUGGGUGACAGCUACUUUCCCUUAUAUUAUCCUGUCCAUCCUGCUUGUAAGGGGGGCCACGCUUCCAGGAGCCUGGAGAGGUGUCGUUUUCUACCUGAAACCCAAUUGGCAGAAGCUCCUUGAAACUGGGGUCUGGGUGGAUGCCGCAGCUCAGAUUUUCUUCUCGUUGGGUCCUGGCUUUGGUGUCUUACUAGCUUAUGCUAGCUAUAACAAAUUCAAUAACAACUGUUACCAAGAUGCCCUGGUGACCAGCAUUGUGAACUGCAUGACAAGCUUCAUGUCUGGAUUUGUCAUCUUCACCGUGCUUGGCUACAUGGCGGAGAUGAGGAAUGAAGACGUGUCCGAAGUGGCUAAAGAUAUAGGGCCCAGCCUCCUUUUCAUCACAUACCCGGAAGCCAUCGCCAACAUGCCGGCCGCCACCUUCUUUGCUAUCAUUUUCUUCAUAAUGAUAAUCACUCUGGGCUUAGACAGCACGUUUGCAGGACUUGAGGGUGUGAUCACGGCGGUGCUGGAUGAAUUCCCACACGUCUGGGCCAAACGCCGGGAGUGGUUUGUGCUUGCUGUGGUCAUUACCUGUUUUUUUGGAUCUCUUUCCACCUUGACUUUUGGAGGGGCCUAUGUGGUGAAGUUGCUGGAGGAAUACGCCACUGGACCGGCGGUUCUCACAGUGGCGCUGUUGGAAGCAAUCGCCGUGUCUUGGUUCUAUGGUAUCAACCAGUUCUGCAGUGACGUGAAAGAAAUGGUUGGUUUCAGCCCUGGUUGGUUUUGGAGGAUCUGCUGGGUAGCAAUCAGCCCAAUAUUUCUGCUGUUCAUCAUCUGCAGCUUUCUGAGCAGCCCUCCAGAGCUAAGGCUCUUCAAUUACAAUUACCCUCGCUGGACCGUCCUCCUGGGAUAUUGCAUUGGGACUUCUUCCUUCAUCUGCAUUCCUGCCUAUAUAAUUUAUCGGUUGAUCAUCACUCCAGGGACAUUCAAAGAGCGUAUUCUUAAAAGUAUCACUCCAGAAACACCUACAGAGAUUCCCUUUGGAGAUCUUCGCUUGAAUGCUGUGUAGCAAGUGAUGGACAAGAGGAAAAAACUUCCCUAUCAACUCCCACCCUCUACUUGUUGCCCCUUCUCCCCUCCAAGUGAACUGAGUUUUCAGCUGAGCCAAGGAAAGAGAGGACAUUCCCCACAGAGGCCCAGCUUCAAAAAACACUGGUGCCUAGAAUCUCAUGAUCUCCAGCCUUCAGAUCCACCUCCUUCCAUGAAAUUAGCUCGGCACUUGUCAAACUCAACUCAGUAACCAUAGCUCAACUGGUUCUUUGGGGAUGGGGGGGAGGGGGUUUGUUGUAUGUAUGUGACUGCUACCGUAGGAAUGGGUGAAAGGGAUAACAGAAAGCACGAGUGGACAAAUAGCGUCAGUUAGGAUUACAUUCAGUCUUGAGUCUGUGUGAGCGUCUUCUCAGUGUGAUUUAUAUUGGACCAUAUUAUGUUUGCUCCUAAGGGUUUCACUGUCAGAUGAGUCUAUAAACUGUGUAGGACAACACAGAAAUUGUUCUGAUAGCCAUAUACACAAAUUCUCUGAGUAACACAGAAUCUGUAGCUGGAAACUAAUGGAACUCUCUAAUCCUUCUGCGCUGUGAGUCUUGCAGAGGAAGAUGUAGGAAGCUAACCUGAAAGGUGCUAUGUGUGUAUGUGUGAGUAGGUGUGUGUGUGCCUGUGCGCUGCUAUUACAGUGUACACACGGCUGUCUCCUUUCUAUUCCUCUAAAGCUUUCUGGCACUUUACAAACCACACAUCAUCCUCGUUUUUUCUUAUGUUAAUAGAUUUUACACACGCAGGCAUUUGCAGAUAUGCAUUCAUUGCUUCAAAUCUAUAGGUCCUGUAUUCAUCCUUCUUUUCUUGUGCUUCUGAUGCCCCUUCUUGGUGUAUGUGCACACAGCAUACCCCAUACACACCCACAAACAACACCCCACCCAUCCACCUUCCUCACCUUGGCCAGCCUGCGAGGACAUUAAUAUUCUGCAUCCUUGCCCUCUCCCUGUCUUUUUCUACAACGCCAUCAUGAUGACAUUCUGGCUCAUUUACUCUUGUUUUGACACCAUUCAAGUUAUGUGAACCGUUCUGAAGGUAGAUGCCAGAACCUAUCCCUUCAGCUCUACUUACUGUUCUCAAAGUAUUAGGAAUAAAAGGAGGAAUCCCAUGAGCACAUCCCACUCUUUACCUUAUAUUCUGCAUCCUUGCCCUCUCUCUGUCUUUUUCUACGAUGCUGUCAUGAUGACAUUCUGGCUCAUUUACUCUUGUUUUGACACCAUUUAAGUUAUGUGAACCGUUCUGAAGGUAGAUGCCAGAACCUUUCCCUUCAGCUCUACUUACUGUUCUCAAAGUAUUAGGAAUAAAAGGAGGAAUCCCAUGAGUACAUCCCACUCUUUACCUUACUAUACUUCUUGGAGGUAAUGCUGAAAACAAAGAAACGGGCUAGAAUUUUGCCUGAGGUGCAAUAAAGUCUAGUUCUGGCCCAGGUGCUCACCCCUGAACUGGCCUCCCUCUUCUAUUCACCCUAUAUUUUCCUGUCUUUUCUCUAUUUUUUUUUUGUUGUUGUUGUCUCAUCCUGAUUUUCCCUAAUCGUCCUUCAUUUCCUACUGUUGAAAGGAAAGAAGGCCUCAGGCACAAGCUGUCCAAAUGGCUUUACAAUCAUAAAAUAUAGAAGAAAAAUCCCACUUGUAAUCAGGUUCUUUUCAUUCUCAAGGGCUUGUUAUCAUUAAGUAGGGCAUCUUUCAACCUGUCUGUAAUUGCCAAAUCAUCUUUGAGAACAACAGGAAAUUCACCUGAUGAGUCCUAGGCAGUUACUCGAACAGCAAAGAGGUCUGUAUUUCAGCUGUUUCGCUUAUAACCCAAUUUGGCGAUACCUGCCUUGGCUCAAAUGGAAGCGUAACACAAACUCUGCCUUCGUGACUGCCUGCCCACAUCAUAGUCGAGCAGUAGAUGAGUGAAGAGGUCAACACACUUCAAAAUACAUUUUAAAAGUGUGAGAGACAGAAUAUUGUGAUGCCUUCUUAAACAGUCCUCUGGAACGCUAUCUGACGUGUGCAUCAGAAAGACCAGAGUCUGUGUAUGAAGGGACAUGUGCAUGAGUGCACAAGCAUGCGUGCAUACACACAUGAAGGUAGAUCUUGGUUUCUGAAUGCGUAUUUGUCAGGAAUAUAACAUUAAAGAGGAGUGGUACAGUCUAGCAGAGUCAAUAGACAAGAGUAGAGGUGAAGUCACAGUAUUUUCUCUGGACAAGGGCAAAAAACCCCCAAAUAAACCCUAGUCACAUCAAGCUUUUGGUGAGGAAAAUGUUUUACUGAAUCAUGAGAACUGAUAAAUUCACCAUUGUGAUGAUCUUUUCCUCCAUACUUCAGGCCUUUCUAGAUGACUCAUGGGAAACGGCUUUCUAUUCUGGGAUGGUAACUUAUGAAUAGUUUCUAGCUAUGAACUGCUUAGCGGAAUUUUGCAUUAGUAAGUAUAAUAGUAAUGUAAAACAAAGCGUCUUAUAGGGAACCCAAAUCUAACAUAGCCUUUAAGUAAAGGCAAAUAAAAAAACACUAUUAUCUGAACUAGAAAAGUUCAGAUUUUUUGUUUACUGUUAAAUCUUGCAAUAGCCCCUAAACAUAGACACCCUAGCUUUACCAUUAGAAAAACUCUGCCAGAUCCCUGGUCAGUAAAAUACUUGCCCAAACGCGUGAACUGGAUUAUAGGAUUGUCAUUGCUUGGAUGGCUGGGAGUCACUCUUCCUUCUACUCAUCUUCUAAGCCUGGUUCCACUCACUUCAGAACUUGACUAAGUGAAAGACAUUUUCCUGCUCAAAUACUCCUCCAAAAAAAAUCUCUCCACUAGCUUCAUGAUUCAGUAUUAGAAGAAUGGCUUAAAGAAGGAUUUCUGCUUUUUUUCUUAGCAAAGGACUGAAUGAGUGCAUUGCACCCACGCCAGGAUAAGGAUUUAGAGUUCACCCACUGCGGUACAAUAAACCCUAGAGCUAAGCAGAGGCUUAACUGUGGCAUAGUUAAUGUACACACAACUUGGUAAUGCUUGCUAACGCUGACUAUUUGAUGUUGAAACCCAAACUGCUGCUGGCUGCUUUCCUAACUCUCCUCUUUACCUAUAAAUCAACGAGUGUGGUUGGAGGUAUUGUUGUUGUUUAGAAUUGCCUCCUGAAUUGUCCAGGAAGACUACGGGUAUUGAGGGUGCAGGGGGUGGGGUUAGGAGAGUAGGGAAGGGAUUGCAGCUGGUUCAGAAGAAAACUUUAUAAUAACUGCAUGUCCUAACAAGAGAAGUAAAAGCAAAAUCACCCCAAGUAACAAGUUGUGUAUUCUUAAGCAUCAUGGAGCUCACAAAUUAUGUCGUAAGUGCUUUAGAAUGGGGUUUGCCUUCUGGAAAGGCAUCCUUCAGGUUCCUUCCAAUUGUUAGGAAAUAAAAUUUAUGAAUCCAAAUAAGGGGAAAAAGGAAGACUGUUUGGGGUGUACUUCUGCCUCAUACACCAUAUUCCUUGAACUCCACUGGAAAACUCCAGCCUUUCCUUUUAGUCUCCCCAUUUGUACCUAAGAUUCAAUGAUGUAUUUGAUUAAAAAUUCUUUAUAUUACAUUUGCUCCUCUGGGAAGAAUCCUCCAAAUUCCCAAGUCUCAUAAUCUCACCAUUGCAGCUAUGGUAUGGGCUUCUUCCUUUAUUGCUAAUUUGGGUUCCCAGAGUUUAAAGAUAAUGAAACAAUCUGGCAUCUCAUAAAGUUCAGCCACACUCCAUUAGGAGCUGCUAAAAACCAGUGACUUCAUAAGGAGUUCAUCUCUUUGCUCCUCUUGGGAUCUGAAGGUUUCUAAGGGAUGGUGGGCUUGGAAACUUCAGUUUUCCUUAAGUGAUUAAACAAACCACUUCCACCAUUUGGUUCAGCAGACACCUACUCUGAUGGAGAAGGAAAACACUUAAAGAGGGAGUCCUAAGUACUUUCCACACUUAGUUUUGUAAGUUUGGAGUCUAUUCAGUCAACGGUCUCUCCUUUCAGGUCUUCCAGGGUUGAGUUGUUCUAUGAUAUUCAGACUUCUGACAGAAAAGUCCUUCCUUGGAAAAUUACUCAAGGUAUUAUCCCCAAUUAAGACAUCUUCUAACCCUAAAUAGCACAGUCUAAAGUUAAGUUGCCUUACAUGUACUGUGCAAGUAUUAAAAGUCAUCCAAAUACGUAUUUCUGGAUGGCCAACUUCCAUUUGGCAAAAAGUCAGUAGGCUUUUUGCCUGACAUAAGGGAAGAAAUCAGGCUGUUUAAAUUCAGAAGAGUAUAGGAUGGUCAAAUUGUCUAAAGGGCAUGAGAAUAGAAUAAAUAACAACUCAAAGACCCUUCCAGGCCUCUGAUUCUGUGCUUUAGGAUUCCAACCAUUAUUGUGACUUUAGUUGCAGUCAUCUGUAAUUGCCCACUGUCUACAAGAUUACCUGUGGGUAAUAGCAUCCCAAGGUUCCCCCCUCUUCUUGUUAGUUCUGAAUUUGAAUACUGUCUGAGAGCAGGAACUGCAGAUUUACAUAUAAAGCCAUUUUUCUCCCAAGUAAACUGACAUUUCACAGACCUAAAACAGAAUCACAAGGCAGCAUGGCCUCAAGUCUACUUUCAAUAUCAGGAAAGUUUGAGAUUGACAAUCAUCUAGGCAUUUAGUCAUAGGCUGCCUUCCAUGAGAAGAAAACCUACUGUGCCACAGUGCUCCUAACAAGGAGCAUUUCAGGACUUAGCAAAUAAAGCCAGAUAUUGACUUUUUGACCCAAAUGCUAAUACUUUAAUGCCAAGAGCUAAUAAUACUAACAAUUAUUCAAAAUACACAAUACCAUGCCUUUGUUCAAACUCUAAACAGAAGUGUAGCCCAGUUUAAGAAAACCUAAUAUACAUAUAUUCAUGUUCACAACAGAGAUCUAGUAGGGUCUGAACAUUUUCUUUUCAAAAAGAUUCACCCUACAUAGAUUCUUCUAAAUUAUGACCUCUUUAACUCACUGAAAAUGUUUUGAACUAUUAAUUAUUUUUCAGAAACUCUUCUAUUGUGUAAAGCAAGUAACCUGUGAGGUUCUUCAAACUUGGAAUAUUACAUUUAGGAAAACAAUAGAAAGGUUUCUCCCCCCCUCCCCCCAAAAAAAAACCCUUUCACCUUUUUCUUCUUCCUACCACUGACUAAGCCUGAGAAAUGUUUUGAACGGGGGUCACUAAGAAACUUCCAAAGUGAAGGGCAUGUUUAUUUUGAAGCUGUAGUAGCUGAAUAAGCCUGGAGUUUUAGUUGUACAAACUCUGAACAUCUCCCCCCAUAUCAUGUAUAUGGUGCACCUGUAUUAAUUUAAGCAGCCAUUUAGUUAUAAAUGUUCCAAGAUAGAUCAUAAGUCAACAGUAUGUGCCUUGUUCUGUUAACUGUAAUUGUAAUAAAUUUAAGAUCAUAAUAAAUGAA